AUGGAUAUAACGACGGUGGUGCUAGGUGCUCCAGGAGAAGAGAUCCGGGACGUGCAGUUGUGGUCGAAGGGACCGGCUCCCAAGGACUUGCAGGACGUGUCGUGGAUAAGCUACGUUAAUUAUCAAAUGGUACCGGUGUACCUUAUUGGAUCAGAAAACAUGAUGGUAUACUCCAAUGAUGAUAAGACCAAUGAUUUUUUUGGGAAGUUGUUUGGUUAUUCGAAUGAGGUUGGCAUGCUAUUCAAGUCCAGGGACGAAGAGUACUUGGUUUUCUACCCUGAUGCGAGAAUGAUGAAAAUAAGGUGUUUUAUAAUAAAUUUCAAUCAAUUAUAUUCGAUUCUUGAUGAUAAACAAGAUGAAGAUACUUCGAUUUCAAAUAACGAUGAAAUCUUCGAUAAGAUCCUUCUUGAUAAACAGAGGAAGCUACAGUCCAAGUCGCAAGGCUCAACUCCGCCAAUUAUCCAUCCCGACAUAAGUGGAUUCACUAAUAAUGACCAAAUUCUACAAGCCAUAAAUAAAGUUAUACUAAGUGGACUUAGAUUAAGAGGGCUUUCCACUAAAAGUUCAACCAUAAGUAAAACGGAACGAAUCAAUAUUAAAGAAAUCAUCAAAAUGACCCAGGAUUCAACGCUAUUUGCUCUAAGAAAAUAUAAAUACUCUUUUCACGAAAAAGAUUUACUUCACCAUCCAAUAAAACUAAACGAUAUUCAAUUAAUUGUCGAAAACUUGUUACAAGUGUACAUCGAUAUCGAGGAAUAA